AUGCACAUGCAGCCAGCCUGCAGUAUCUGGUUUGACCACAGAGUGGCAGCACAUGUAAACACAUGUCAUCUUCUUACACAAGCUCUUACCAAACGCUGAAGGCGAGUUCUGUAACUAAAUGUUGCAGCCCCUCUUGUCUGCAUGGUGCUCCUGUCUCUCUGAAGGACGGAGCUGUUACAUCAGACAACAAUGAAGUCCAUCUCCUGUUUCUCGUCAUCGGUCAGAGCUGCAUGUCAGCACACCUCAGCUUGUUUCCCCAUCAGUCGAGCUCUAACUCUUUGCAGUCCAGUGGGCAGAUGCCAAACUGUAGUUGUGCAACAACCGUGCGUAACCGGUGUGCGUACUUUCCAUAAUACGCAGGUGAACACAGCAGCAGCAGUCCAGCAGGUGAGUGCAGCUCCUCUCCCCAUCCCAGUACCUCUACCUGGGAGAAGAGAGGAUGAACUGUACCAACUUGGCAGACGCAUGCCACCUAUAACAGCUGUAAGAGCAGCCUCACACCCAUCUCCAUACAGCCCAUACACCAAACCACAGAGCAAUGCAGCUGCACUAGUCAACAUCCAGUCUCUGAUUGAAGGAGAGGUGAUUCCUGAGCUUUGCUCCAGACUGGCAGGCUUCCCCAGCAACGACAGGGCAGAGGGACUAGCCACUUUACUCGGAGCAUGUGUUGAAUCUGGCCUGGAGGCCCACAGAAGCCCUCUAGUCCUCAGACUGAUAAAUGAGAGCCUGGAGCUCCUCUCCAGCAGGGAUGUCGGGGUGGCACAGCUCUGCCACCUGGGCGAGGUGGCGUACGCCCUGGAAGGCCGCCAGUCAGCCGUGGUGCCAGAGGUCCUGGACUCCAUAGGUGGUGCUGUAGAAGAGGAUGUCGUCUCUCCCAGAGAGGCUGCCAGGAUCUACUCCCUGCUGGCUCUGUGUCAUGAUCCUGACAACCAGCGGCAGAAACUUAUGCUGUCCACUUUGCACAGACACACACAGAGGCUGGUCCACCGGCUGAAGGCCAAUCAAGUCAGCGAUAUACUGCAGUGCCUGUUGGAGUUGCAGCAGAGACAGGCCAUUUCCCUGGUGCUGAGGCUGAGUCAUAGAGCAUCACGGGUCUUCAAGGCUUUUAGUGAUGAUGAGGUUAUUAAGGUGCUCUCUGCGCUGAUGAUCCUGGGACAGCAUGAUGAAGAGCUCCUGGCUGCUAUGGAGAAACACCUACCAGGGAGGCUGGGGAAGUGUGAUCCGGAGCUGAUCAGCACCGUCAUGGAGUACUGUCUGCAAAUGAGGUGCCGCUCUGAGCCAAUCUUUGAGGUUGCAGCUGAGAACUUUGUAUGCCAUGCUGAGAGGCACACCACCCUUCAGAUCGCCAAACAGAUAGUAGCCAUGGGGAGACUCAACUAUCUGCCACAGUGCUCCAGUGAGAUGUUUAAAAAGCUGGAGAGCAUUUUGUCAACAAGGUUUUCCCAGUUCCAGCCUCGCUCCCUGAUAGAGGUGUUGCACGCCUGCAUCCACCUGGAACGCUUCCCACGCAACUACAUGUCCAAAGUCUUCAGCCCGUACUUCCUACAGAGGCUGCAAGCACAGGGGGAGCCAUUGGACAAGAAUGCUCUGGGACAACUCACUCAGAUCCAUCUCUCCUCCUCAUUAGAGUGCACCUACUACUUGGGUCCCAGACUGCCUUACUUCCCCCUUGUGAAGAGGUUUUCCUCUGUGGACCAGGCCUUUGAGACACCUAUGGAGAGUCUCCUCUACAAACGGGUCAAAGGGCCGCUCACACAGCUACUGGGGGGGAAGUUUUACUCUACCAGAAUAUUCACUCACAGUGGAUACACAAUAGAUGUGGAAAUAUGCCUGGAUGAGAAGGGAUAUGUUCUGCCUCUGUCUCAGUGGGAUCACACGUACAGGAGGAUGGCACUGUGUUUGGAUGGUGAAAACCGUUUCUGUAGCAACACACAGCACCUGUUGGGGAAGGAAGCCACCAAGAGGAGACACCUCCGGAGGAUGGGCUAUGAGGUGGUGCAGAUCCCUUACUUUGAAUUUGAGAAGCUGAUGACUCAGGAGGAACAGGUCCAAUAUCUUCACAACAAGAUCUUUCCCACCAUCUUCAAGUUCAUUCACUGAUCUUAGUCCCCUAACAAGUUCAACCAAAGAUUCCUCAGUGACUUUUAUUGAUUGGUGCUUAUGUUGCUGUAAAAAUCAACCAACCCCUACAAUGACCUGCCUGGACAUUUAGGUGAGUGAUGCUGCACACUAUGUACAAUAUGAAGAAGAUGCUGUAGGGCACGGCAGAAAGGAAAUACUUGAUAUUCAGCUCCAGCAUAAAUAUCCAGCGUUUCUUUUUUGUUUGUUUUCCAUAUUCCCUUAGUUUUUUUUUAUGAUUUUAUGAAACAACCUGCCUUGUUUUGGGCAUCAAAGUUAAAAAAAACAAUGUCAAUUGGUAAUUUUACAAGAAAGAUUAAACAAAUCUUUUUUAUCCUCAACAUUAAAAACAAUGAAGAUGACUGAAAAUGUACCUUUUAAAGCGUGUCCGUCUUAGCAGCCAUUUGUGUGACUACAUAUCUUAUAUUUUCACCUUAUGACCUCAGUUUAGCAUCAUUUUAAUGGCUAUUGUUACACUGACUUUUGCUCAGGGAGCAAAACUUUAAAAAGAUAAUACUGUUCAUUUUUGUAUUCUGCUGUUAAUUUAUAAUGUUAAAUGGACGUGAUGGUGACUAUUUAUGUGAUUGAUUUGAAUACAAAAUGUGUACGUAAUGAGUGGCACAGUGUUGUGGCUUCAACCUUUGUCCUUUGCCCUGUUGUUUCAUUGGUACCCAGUUUUCUUUGAGAAUAGGGAAAACAAAUGUGACCUCAUUUACUGGGCAAGAUGUCUGAGACAUUCAAAAUUAAAUGUGCAUGAGAUGUACAAAUGUAUGAUAUGAUAUAUGUUUUUAUUUGAUGCUUGAAGAUAUACCAUAAAUUGCCCUUUUAUCCUUAUCCUUUGGACUGGUGGUCGAUUCUUCAAAACAGGAAACACUGAGAACAUUUGAUAAAACAUGUACAGUGUCCAAAAAACGCAAAGGGUCUAAUAAAAAAUGUAUCUAACAGAUUAGCAUUUAACGCUGACUUAAUAGCAGUUAUGACGAUAUUCCCCCACUGUACAAUUAUCUAUAUUAUAAUUGGUUGUUAUGGAUAUUAAUUUGUUCAGACAAACAAAGAAACCCUGUGAAAAAAAUGGAAUCAAGGCCUAAGUUAAAAAAAUGAAACGUAACUAAACCUGAUAUGCAAAAAGUAAAAUCCAAAUAUUCUGUAAAUGGUUGUAUGCAAUAUGAU